AUGUUCUCCAAGCUGGCUCUCACUGCCCUCGCGGCGGCCGCUGUUGCCUCUGCGCAAUCCUCCUGCACACAGUCCACCUUCACAAUCGGCUCCGCCGCUGAGGCCACUGCUGUCUCCAACUGCAAAACGCUCAAGGGCGACGUUCUGAUCCCCGCUACCUCUGACCCCCAGAUCGACCUCUCCGGCCCUGGCCAGAUUGACGGUGACCUGACGCUGGAGAACAAUGGCGCCAUCAUCUCUCUCUCGUCUACUUCGCUCAACUCUAUCUCCGGAACGUUCAGACUUGCCAACGUCACCCUGCUGUCCACCCUCAACCUGCCGUCUCUGACCAGCGUUGGCACCAUCACAUGGCAGUCUCUGCCUGCUCUGAACGCCCUGAGCUUCACCACCGGUGUCAGCACCGCGAAGACUGUCACCAUCUCCGACACCUUCCUGCAGAGUCUGGACGGUAUUGACCUGGAGUCGGUUGGCACCAUGGACAUCAACAACAACCGUCGCCUGACCAAGUUCGACACGUCGAUUAAGAACCUGACCGAGAACCUGAACAUCCAGGCCAACGGUGCUAAGCUGAGCGUGUCCAUGCCCAACCUGAUCUGGAUUGCCAACAUGACCAUCGCCAACGUCACCGAGUUCUCUUCUCCCUCGCUCGAGGUCGUCAACGGCUCCGCCAGGUUCGACUCCAACUACUUCGAGAGCUUCAUGGCCCCCAACAUGACCUCCACUAGCAGCGGUGACAUCUCCUUCAUCAACAACCCUCAGCUUACCAACAUCACCUUCUCUGCCCUCAAGAGCCUUGGUGGUGCCCUGACCAUUGUCAACAACACUGCUCUGGAGGAGGUUACUGGCUUCCCCGAUCUGGCUGAGCUUGGAGGCGCUAUCAAGCUUGGUGGCAACUUCAGCAACGUUGAAUUCCCCGCACUCGAGGACGUCAAGGGUACCUUCGCGCUGUCUUCCACCAACGACAUCACUGACGCUUGCACUGAGCUGAAGAAGCUCGCUCCCGGCUCCCAGGGUGGCAACGGUGUCAUCCAGGGCAAGUUCACUUGCACCUCCAACAACGAGAAGGCCAACACUGGCAGCACCGCUGGCGACAGCUCCACCGGAAGCAGCAACUCUAGCAGCGCUGCCGUCAACGUCCACGUCAACUCGGCCGUCGUCGGUCUGAGCUUUGUCGGUCUACUGGCCCAGCUGCUGUAA